CUGGGAAUAACAUUUCGUAAUUUGUACUGGUCAUUUUAUGGCUAUCUGGCUCCAUGGGACUACAAGCUAAUUGUGGGUAAUGCUGGCCCCAACCAGGAACCAACCGAACACACAAUCACGAAUUAUGUCGGCGAAGUAACAAUUGCCGCAUUUCAUAUUGCCGUUGUGAUUACAUUGAUAAAUCUUAUGAUUUCGAUGCUAAAAAACGAAGAUCUGGAAUGGAAAUUUACCCGAUGUCAUAUCUAUUUCGAGUAUUUCGAAUGGUACACUGCUGUACCACCGCCAUUUAAUCUCAUUUACAAUACCACAUCCAUGCUGCGUAUGAUUAUUUCUAACAUCUACUACUUUUUUCGUCCUGUAAGGAUUUUUACCGAUUGCCGCUGUACUUAUUUUGCAACAGUGAUCAGUUGUUUUUUCAUCGUCGAGUUAUUUUUCGCCGCUGAUGCAGCUGGCAACUUCUCCAUUCUUCCUCGUGUUUUGGAUUUCUCUUAUCCACACGGCCCCAAACGAUCGUUUAAGCACAGGAGGCCUUCUUUUUGCCCAGUGUCUGCUGAUAUCUCUGUGUGUAAUGCUAUUUUAAUUUCGUUUGUUGAUGCGAAUAAAUCCUUUUGGUAGCA